AUGCGUAAGAGCAGCGGCUCAUGUGCCCGUGCCGCCUGCGCAGCGUCCCGGAGCGGCGCGCACACGAUGCCGCGCUGCCUGGCACAGGCCACGCUACUCGUGCUGUCCAUCUCCUCGGCUGCAGCCUGGCGACCUCACUCAGACUCCCUAGUCUUUUCUGUGAACCACGUGCGAUCACCCAGACAUGUCCACAAUAACAUACACCAUCUGCAUUUACUAGGAUGGCAUCUUGAACUUCAAGAGAAUAGAGCCAUACGCUCCCCUUAUUAUAACGAGUGCAAGUUCUAUAGGGGACGAGUGCUUUACGAAGAAGAGUCGGCUGCAACUGUGACAGAAUGUGGAGGCCAGUUGUAUGGCUUGUUACAAGUGGAUGGCGAGGGUUUCGUUCUUCAACCGACUCGGUCUGACGGUAGCCACGUUCUGAGGAGACGCGACGUCGUGCUGUCAGAGCGCCCGACCGCGUACAACCUAACUGGUGAUACAGUAACCGACCUUGACAUUGACUUCGAAGAUGACAUACCAUUGCCUACGAUGCACGUGCGCCCGCGACACAGUGACCAUUCGGACGUAGAGCACUUCAGAAAUGCGCUUCCUGUGUCAAGACCGGUGUCAGGCGCAAAGGGUCUAUGGCUGGAAUUGGCUAUUGUGGCCGAUCACACAAUGGUCAAAUUCCACGGCAAGGAACGCGUGAAACAUUAUAUCCUCGCUAUAAUGAAUAUUGUUAGUGCCAUCUUCAAUGACCAGUCCCUGGAAUCAAAUAUGACUCUCGUUAUCAACAAAUUGUUUCUCUACGAAGAAAAGGAUUCCGUUAUAAAAUAUGGAAAUGUUAAGAAAUCGCUGGAGGCCGUGAAUAAAUGGAAUUACCGACAUCUCAUGAAAUUGCCCGCAGAUAGUACGGGUUGGGAUGCGACAAUUUGGCUUACUCGUGCGCAGUUGGGAGGGCCGUCGGGUUUCGCGCCAGUAGCGGGUGUUUGUACAAGAACGAGAUCGGCAGCUAUAGACCGAGAUGAGGGCUUGACUAGUGCUUUUGUCAUCGCACACGAAUUGGGACAUCUCCUAGGCUUAACCCACGACGGUAACGGCCAAUGUGAGACUGAAGGUCUGAAAGGAUCAGUCAUGGCCCCAACAGUACUAGCAACUCUUCACAAUUAUGCCUGGUCAUCCUGCUCCAGACAACAAUUUCACGAGAAGUCCGAGAACUGGUGGUGCCUUCAGCAGCGUAGCCAAGAUGAUGGCGUGGUGCUGGGCGGCGCUAAAGAACUAUCGAACUAUGUUUUCACUAUGGACGAGCAGUGCCGCACUGAGUUCGGUGACGGGUUUUCUAUCUGCAAAUCCGUAAAAGUGAAAUCUCCGUGCGCCAGACUUUGGUGUGCACACCGCUCUAUGCCUCACGUUUGUCGCUCCAAGAGGGCUCCGCCUCUUGAAGGAACACCUUGUGGAGUUAACCAAUGGUGUGUUGACCGUGUCUGCGAGGCUAUGCCGGGGCAUGUGAUCAGCAAUAGAAGUGACAAUAAACCGAUGCCUGAAUGGGGAGACUGGGGUCAAUGGAGUGAGUGCAAUGCCGAUUGUGGAUAUGGUCUGCGGACAAGAAUAAGGCGAUGCUGGUAUAAAGGGUCUAUAUCGGAGAGUGCUUGUGAUGGAGCCGGGUCUCAAGUGGCUACGUGCUGGUCGGGUCAGGCUUGCGCUGCGACCAGGGAUAUACGGGCAGAUAUAUGUUUUCGACAAGCCAGCCAUCUUAUUCCACACUUACACACUGAAGAAUCUAAGCACUGCCAGAUAUGGUGUGUGGACUACGCUGGAGGUGAUCCAACCAACUUCGGAAUUUUGCCCGACGGAACAUCUUGCAGUUACGAAAGACCUUUCGAUCUCUGCUUUCAGGGCACAUGUGUAAAAGGACAGUGCAACGCAACCGACCCUACAUGCAACUGGUGUCCAGAUGGUUACUGCAAUAAUAAUACGCAUCUUUACAUACGUCAUCUGGGAAAAGGUUGGACACGUCUCACUGUGAUACCGCACGAAGCGUCCAAGCUUUCAGUACACAUCGCUACCCCGGUAUCCCUAAACAUAGCAAUAAGAGAACGCCGGCGAGACAGGCCGAUACUAGAAUUGAGCAAACACUCUCGGCGCUUCGAUAUCGAAACCAAAGAGAACAAAUACCUUAAAUACGAUCCCAACGUACCGCAAAAUCUACAGAUAAUAGAGGUCGAUAGCAAUAUAAUAGAUAUAAAAGAAGAGAAAUAUGGGUACGAGGGGGAGGUGAUAGCAGCUGGGGGCUUGGUUAAGUGGAAUCAGACUGAAACUGACGUGUUCAUUACUUCCGAGUCGAGAUUACAUUCGGAUUUGAUGAUCAUGGCAGUACCAGAACAAGCAGUAAGCGAGGAUAUUAUAACAGUAGAAGUGGCGGUCAACUACAGCACCCCCGCUGCGAGGACGCGCCCCAUGGAGUAUAGGUGGUCGAGCGAUCGUGGACCUUGUUCGGUGUCGUGUGGAGGUGGUUAUAGGAUGGUAAGACCGCGAUGUGGACGCGGACAGCAGUGUGGAACUCCACGUUACGAAAGAUGCAACACUCACAAUUGCUCCUUCAAAUGGGUGGGAGCGGGGUGGGAAGAGUGCAGCGCGACCUGCGGGGAGAGCGGGGUACAAGAGAGACAGCUCUUCUGUGUACCUGUUAACGUAAGCACAUCCACGCGAAGAGAACUUAUAAAACGAAGUGUCUCACCAGCGCUUUGUCCUCCAACAAUGCCGGCAAAACUGCAGUCAUGCAACAGACUCCCGUGUCCUGUUUAUUGGCAGGAAAUGGCUUGGACACAGUGUUCUACAACAUGUGGUCGAGGUGUCUCUUAUAGGCCUCUAGUCUGUCCUGCAUCAGACGAGAUUUUCUGCGGACCAAAGCCACGCGAGCGCAGGCGACGCUGCCGGCUUCGGAGAUGUCCCGUUCGCCCCACAUGUCCCGAGAACGACGCCACACAAUAUUGUGAACUAUUUAGCAAGGAACAGCUAGAACGUAACUGUGUAGUUCCCCCAUUUAGAAAAUAUUGUUGCAACGCGUGUAAAACUGUCGAGCAUAGUAGAAAUUAA